AUGGGUGAUCCAGAAUCCUGUUAUCGAUGUGGAAGAAGUGGACAUUGGAGCAAAGAAUGUCCAAGAAUAUGGAACGAACGUGGAUUCCGUGAAAGAAUGUUCCCACCACCUCCACCUCCUGCAUUUUUACGUGAUCGAAUGAUGGAUGGAUUUGCACGAGAUUAUGACUAUUAUGAUCGACGUGAUGAAUACGCAAGAGACAUGUAUGAAAGACGUUAUCCUCCAAUGAUGAGAUCCAGAGAUUCUCGAUAUAUGGAACGACCAUAUCCAAUUCCACCAAUGCCACGUGAUUAUGGACCAACAAGAGAAAUGUUUACACGUAGAUCACCUCCAAGACGUGGGUUUGGUAUUUAUGAAGAUUUCAGUCGAGAUUCAUUUGAUGAUCGUCGUGGGGGUGGAAUGAGAGGAAUGUCACCAACACACAGAUAUGCACCUUAUUAAAUCAGGAUAUUCAAGAAGUUUUGGAUUUUAAAAAACAAAUUUUUUAAUACUUUUUAAGCAAAUGAAAAUUUAUUUAAAUGAUAUUGUGAGCAAAUUGAAUAUUUUUUAAAAAGAAAAUUCCUUUUUGUGCAUAAUAUGCAAAAUCACGAAAGAACAUAUAUAAUAAAUCAUGGACU